CACUUUACGGAAAAGAUGGUAGGCUGUGACCUCCUGGGGCUGGCUGUGGCCUCCUGCAUCUACAUUCUGACCCUGGCAUCUACAUCUACAGUACAACCAGGUUACGGAAACUCCAGAGCAGUUGGCUCUAACAGGCAGGACUUGGAAUGUGGAGCCCCUGAUACCCCAGAGGCCGACAUCUGUUUUGACCCCUGCCAAAAUUACAUCCUCCUGGACGAUCCCACCCGAAGCACACAGAACACAGCAAUAGGGACAGAAUGUGACUAUAAUCUGGAUGGCUGGUACCGCUUUGUGGGUGAAGGAGGAGAAAGGAUCCCAGAGACCUGUGUGGCAGUACAACGGUGCCAUACCUCUGCCCCCAUGUGGUUGAAUGGGUCUCACCCUGUCCUUGGAGAUGGCAUUGUUAGCCGCAAAGCCUGUGCCCACUGGAGUGAAAAUUGCUGCCUUUGGAAUUCUGAGGUCCAAGUGAAGGCCUGUCCUGACAAAUACUAUGUUUACCGGUUGCAGGGCACCCCUGAAUGCGAACUGAGAUAUUGCACAGAGCCCUUUACUUGUAAGGCAACUUGCCGACCUGAGGAGGAGUGUGUAGUUCAAGACGACAAUGAUAUCUGUGUCUGCAGGAAGGACCUCAAUGCAUCUGAUAGUCAGAGUUUGCAGCCUCAGCUGGACUGUGGACCUGAUAAGAUCAAGGUGAAGCUGGACAAGUGUUUGCUGGGAGGCCUAGGUUUUGGGGAGGAGAUUAUUGCCUACCUGAGCGACCAGAACUGCAGUGGGAUCAUGCAAAAUGAGCCUGACAAUUGGGUGUCUAUGACCAGCCCUGUUGUGGCUAGUGACUGUGGAAACAUUCUAGAGAACAAUGGAACCCACGCCAUCUAUAGCAACACUCUCUCCUUGGUCACCAACUUCAUUAUCAGAGACAUUAUUGUUAAUGUCAACUUCCAAUGCACCUACCCACUGGACAUGAAGAUCAGCCUCCAAACUGCACUUCAACCCAUUGUAAGUUCCCUGAAUAUUGAUGUGGACGGGGAGGGAGAGUUCACUAUCAGGUUGGCCCUCUUCCAAGACCAGACCUACACACAUCCCUAUGAAGGGGACCAAGUAGUGCUGCCAGUGGAAUCCAUGCUCUAUGUGGGUGCCAUCUUAGAGGAAGGAGAUGCCUCCAGGCUUAAGCUGUUGCUGAGGAACUGCUAUGCCACCCCCACAGAAGACAAAACUGACCCUGUGAAGUACUUCAUCAUCAGCAACAGCUGUCCAAAUGCACAAGAUUCCAGUAUUCAUGUAGAGGAGAAUGGGGUGUCCUCAGAAAGUCGGUUCUCAGUACAGAUGUUCAUGUUUGCUGGAAAUUAUGACCUAGUGUACCUGCAUUGUGAAGUCUAUCUGUGUGAUCCCUUAAAUGAGCAGUGUGAGCCGUCUUGUCCAGCAAGUCGACUCCGCAGUGCUGGAUCAGCCAUCAACCUAGCCAGGGUUCUAGAUUUAGGACCCAUCACUAAGAGAGGUGCUCAGGAUCUUGGUGCUGUGAGUGGAGCCCCCAGCACUGCAGGGUUCCUGCUGGCCUGGCCCAUGUUCCUCCUGCCUGUGCUCCUGGUUUGGCUGUUCUGAGAGGCUGGCUGAGCACCUGGC